AUUAAAAUAUCAGUAUUGGUCCUAAUUUUCUGAAUUGGUACUUACUUAGGUUUAGAAAUCCUCUGUAGAAUGUUGGGAAAAGAGGAAUGUAUAUUAGAGUGAGAACAAUUUCUAGUUCAUCUGAAUUGGUUGGUUUUCACAUUCAAAUAGAUCAAUCGAUUUACAGUUCCGGCGAUCUUCGACGCUAUCCGCCACCAACUUUGCUCUAUUCAGCUCCACUAGAGCUUCAAAUUGAUCCUAAAACCCCUCAAUUUUCCAAACAGCCGCCGUGUACCCUCCGUGUCAUGGCUUCCGGCAAAACACCUGUACUCUCCGAUGACCGGCGGCGAAGUUGAAGCUCUAAGUAAUCAAACUAGAAUUUCUGCAUUAAUGUAACCGACCUUUGAUUUUCAGUGUGUCAGGUGCCUUAAUUAAAUCAACAAAAAACAAGAAGGAAGACGCUGCUUAAGUUUCCGGAACUAGAUAAUAGACACAAUGUGGGAAGCAGAUGUUGGUCAACAACCACCAGAAUCAACUUCUGGUUCUCGACGCACCAGAUCACAUUUACAAGAAGCAGCAGUGUGGACUAUACAGGAUAUGCUCAUCCUUGUGAAUGAAAUCGCUGUUGUUGAAGGGGACUGGCAAAAUUCCCUGUCUACUCAUCAGAAAUGGACCAUAAUAGCAGAAACUUGUAAUGCGCUUGGAGUAGCAAGGAAUGCGAAUCAGUGCCGCAGAAAGUGGCAGUCCUUGCUUGCCGACUACAAUCUUGUCAAAGAAUGUAAAUUAAAUUCUGGGAGUGAGUCUUACUGGUCUCUUGGAUCUGAAAGGAGAAAGGAAGCUGGGCUUCCGUCGGAGUUUGACAAAGACCUGUAUAAAGCAAUGGAAGAUUUCAUGAAAGCACCAGAUAGGGCAGAUACAGACCCAGAAUGUGAUCCCGAAGCUGGAGAGGUUGAUGUGCUUAAUGUUGAGGAAUCCGGCCCAGAACCCAAAAGGCGAAGGCGUCGAUCAAUUCCUCAAAACCGUUUAUCUGAAGAAAGGAAACAGCCUAAGUUAGAGGUGGAGCAUGUGAAUCCAGAGCCUCAAAACCGUUUAUCUGAAGUAAGGAAACAGCCUAAGUUAGAGGCGGAGCAUGUGAAUCCAGAGCCUCUAGUUGUUGAAGACAUGGGGCAAAUCCUGGCUGCAAAACUUAUGGAGAACACAGAACUGAUUCAUGCCAUACUUGCAGGAAAUGUUACUGAAAAUGUUGAUGAUGAUGAUGAUUUGGCCGAUGUAAGAAACGAGGAGUCACUGAAGAUUGAGAAAGUCAGACGUAAAGCUGACAAGCUCGUUGCAUGCUUCGAAGAUCUUGCCAAAAAUCUGGAACACCUCUGUGGUGUAGUGGAUAAAGAUUUCUCAGGAAGCCCAUAGGCCAUGGGUGCCUUGGUGUGCGCGUCCCGUGUCACCGAUACACAUGGAUGUCAAAUUGGGUCAUUGAAUUGGUUUCAGGUCGGUUAUCGAAAUCGCAUAAUGGCUGGUCCGAGUGAAGUCGGGUCUUAUUGUGUCGGGUUCGAGUUUGUUUCGGUUCUGGUAAUUUUUGUUUUGGUCAAUCUCGUAUUCGAUUUGAACUAGUUCGUCUUUCAAACGGUUUUUUUCUGUGUCGAGUUUGGUUUGGAUGUAUGUCGGAUUCAGUGUUUUGCGCAGGUAAGGGUCAUGUUCGGAUCAGAUAAGUCUCUGGUACAAGCCAAGUUUGCCAAGUUUGGAUCGGCGAGUCUCAGGUUUGUGUUAAGUUAUGAUAGGAUGUACCUCGAGUUUGGGUCGAUUACGGAUUGAGUUUGUGGUUUGAGUUUAGAUCGAAUUAAACUUUUAUCUUUGUGUUCUAUAUAAGUAGGCAACACCGACGACACGUAAAGAGGGUACCUAGUUUGUCGCCCCUGUAGAGUCCCCUGUACGUGGUUAAGAGAACACUAAGGGGUUUUUUUUUUUUUUUUUUUUUUUUUUUUUUUUUUUUUUUGUAGUAGUAGUAGUGUAUGGAUAGGUUUUUUUUGUACUAGUGUAUGGGACGAGCGACUGUUGAGUUAACGAUCAAACGAAUAUCUUUAUUAUUUUUAAGACUUCAUGUGUAUUGAAGAUUUUUUAGACUCCUAUUACUUUGCCUCCAAAUUACUUU